AUGAAUUUGACCAACUGUACCAGAGCGACUGAAUUUAUUCUUGUCGGAUUCCCAAGUGUUUGGGGAAUGGAAAAUACGAUAUUUGCUUGUGUCUCUCUGCUCUAUCUUUUGUGUCUGAUGGGCAACGGACUCAUCAUUGUCAUGGUAGUUGUGGACCCUCAUCUCCAGAAACCCAUGUAUUUCUUUCUUAGCAACCUUUCUUGCAUUGAUAUCGGACACACCACCGCUUUCAUUCCUAAACUGUUGGUCAACUAUCUCUCUGGAAAGAAUUCCAUCUGUUUCAACUGCUGCAUGACACAAAUGUUCUUUUAUUUUCUGUUUGGCACUACAGAAUAUUUCAUCAUCACCUUGAUAUCCUUGGACAGAUAUUUAGCCAUCUGCCAUCCUUUGAGAUACGCCACAAUCAUGACUUCUGGAGUUUGCUUGAAACUGGCAACGGCAGCCUGGUUCGGAGGCCUUUUCUCCAUUCUUUAUCAGGGGGUAUUGACUGCAAACCUACCCUACUGCACAUCCAAAGUUAUCAAUCAUUUCUUUUGUGAUGCAGGACCUGUGUUGAAGAUUGCAGGAGGUGAUACGUAUCUUGUUGAAGUCCUCUGCUUCCUAGUUACGGCAGUUGUGGUUAUGUCCUCCCUGCUUUUCACCCUUGUUUCUUACCUCUUCAUCAUCUCCACCAUUCUCCAGAUGCCUUCAACCACCAAACAGCAGAGGGCUUUUUCUACCUGUGCUUCCCACCUGGUUGUGGUCUGCAUGUUGUACGGGUCAGUGUGUUUUGUCUACUUAAGGCCUACCGUUAAGAAUUCCUCUCUCAGGGCAAUCAAAUAUGUUUCUUGGCUAUAUACAAUAAUGGCUCCCAUGCUAAAUCCAUUCGUUUACACCAUUAGGAACAACGAAGUUAAAGAAGCAGUCCGGAAAGCAUUAAGAAAAAAGAUUCCAGCUUUCCCUAAAAUGUAA